AUGCCAUCAUCAACGUCAGAGAUGCUCAUCCGAGCAGCUGCCACUCGACCUGCUCACUGCACCAAAGAUACAUGCCCGGCAUCAUACUCUAUCUAUGGCUACGCGCCGAAUCUUGGUGCCAACGCCUUCUUUGUCACUCUCUUCGCGAUUAGUUGUCUAGUAUUCUGCUAUCAAGCCCGAUUAUACCGUAAAUGGCUCGGCUUCUCCAUCGCUCUCAUCCUAGGCACGGCGUUAGAAAGCAUCGGCUAUGCAUCCCGCCUCAUCCUCUCCAACGACCCGUUCUCUCCAAAUGGCUUCAAACUAAACAUCGUCCUCCUUACCUUCGCUCCCGCUUUCCUAACCGCUGGAAUAUACCUUCUCCUCAAGCAAUUAACGCUAUCACUCCAACCGCGCCUCUCACCACUAAAACCCUCUCUCUACACACCAAUCUUUGUAUCUUGCGAUCUACUAGCCAUAAUCCUCCAAGGCGCCGGUGGCGCCAUCUCUGCCGCUGCAGCUAGUGGCACAAACAANAAACUACUGGAUCUAGGCGUCGAUGUCAUGAUCGCGGGCUUGAGUUCUCAGGUCAUCACUCUAGCAGUCUUUGCCGUGUUGGCUGGCAUCUUCUUUCUGAAGGUUGCUGGAGCAAAGGAAAGAUUAACUCCUGCUGCUGGAUACCUCUGGCAAGCAACCAGUUUCCGCUUAUUCAUUGGCUCUGCGGUCACGGCUUUUAUACUCAUCUUCAUUAGAUGUGCGUAUCGUAUUGCUGAGCUCAAGGAUGGUUGGGGUUCACCUAUUAUGAGGAGAGAGGGAGAGUUUAUUGUUUUGGAUUCUGUUAUGAUCUCUGUAGCUGCUGUUUUGCUCAACAUCUUCCACCCCGGCAGAUGCUUCAAGCAAAAUCUCAGGGAUACGUCGGUGGAUCUGUCGACGACUGAUCAGAAAGAAGAAGAAGAGGCGUUCGACAUGACUGUAUAUACGCAGUCGAAAGUACAUGCCUAA